UCAAAUGAACUGUCCAGUUGCUCGCAGUUGAUAAUCAGUUUUCAAUCUUAUUUGCUCUCCUCUGGUCCAGUAAUCCUUGUCCUGCGCCAGUGUUCGCUGCAAUAACACAUUGUACCUUCGAUUUGAGUCUCUUGACAGUUCUCAAGAAUGGACCGCCGUAACAGCAUCCAGGAGGAGCCUGUUUUGAUAUCCGGAGGCAAUUAUAUUAAGGAGGGAAUCGAUAGCACUUCAACAUGCUUGAUUUUUUCACCAUUUGAGAAAGAUGAAGUGGGCAGUCUCGCUCGUAGCUUGGAGCUUUUCAGAGAAAAUCAAGUCAAUCUAAAGCACAUUGAAUCGCGUUCAUCAGCCAGACUGAAAGGAAGAUACGAGUUUAUGGUGGAGUGUGCACCUGGAGGAAACCUAGGAAACGCCAUUGAAAAAUUGAAAGAAUCCUCAUCUUACUUCAACAUCAUCUCACGCAAUCAUGAAAACAACAGAGGUACUGUACCCUGGUUUCCGAGGAGGAUCCGAGAGUUGGACAGAUUUUCCGACCACAUCCUGUCCUACGGUUCAGAGUUGGACGCCGAUCACCCGGGUUUCACCGACUUGAAGUACAGAGAGAGAAGGAAGCAUCUCGCUGAUUUGGCCUUCAAUUACAAACAUGGCCAACCCUUACCGCACGUAGAGUACACCCCGGAAGAAGUGGCCACUUGGGGUUUGGUGUAUAAACAGCUGACAAAGCUCUAUCCCACUCACGCCUGCAAGGAGUUCAAUCACAUCUUCCCACUCCUGGUUGAGAACUGUGGCUUCCGAGAGGACAAUGUGCCUCAGCUUGAGGAUAUCUCCAACUUCCUCAGAGACAGCACCGGCUUCACCCUCCGCCCAGUGGCCGGUCUCCUGUCGUCGCGCGACUUCCUGGCGGGGUUGGCGUUCCGCGUGUUCCACUCGACCCAGUACAUCCGCCACCCCUCGGCCCCCCUCUACACCCCUGAGCCCGACAUCUGCCACGAGCUGCUUGGUCACGUGCCCCUUUUCGCCGACCCCGACUUCGCCCAGUUCUCCCAGGAGAUAGGGCUGGCCUCUCUGGGUGCACCUGACGAUUAUAUCGAGAAACUUGCUACUUGCUAUUGGUUUACAGUGGAGUUCGGCCUAUGCAGACAGAACGGUCAAAUCAAGGCAUUCGGUGCCGGACUGCUGUCCUCUUUCGGCGAACUCGAAUACUGUCUAAGCGACAAACCUGAAAUCCGGCCAUUCGACCCGCCCAAGACCGCUCUGCAGAAAUACCCCAUCACUGAGUAUCAACCAGUCUACUAUGUCGCCGAGAGUUUCGAGGAUGCUAAGGAGAAGAUUGUGAAAUUCGCGCAAACAAUACCGCGAGAGUUCACAGCCACCUACAAUGCCUACACUCAAAGUAUUGAGCUGAUCGACUCAAAACCGCAAGUCAAGAACUUGAUCAAUGGUAUCAGCGGUCAACUGCAGGUCUUGAAGGAUGCACUCAAUAAACUCUGAUUCAUUUGAGCUUAAAUUAUGAAUAAAAACCAAAAUUGAUAGAUAAAGUUUCCAAUCAUUAUCAUAUUUCUUAAUGAUUUGAGAUAGUUGAGCGAUUUUGAAUUUCCAUCCAAUAUGCCUUCAAAAGAACUUUCAAUCUAUCAACUCUCUUGUAGUAAUCGGUGAUAUUAAUGCAUUGACUCUUGAGAAAUUACUUUUUUGUAGUUGAGAUUUUUAUUCAACUUGAGAAAUUAGUUGCUAUUGGUGAUAUUACACUCGAAAGAUAUUAUGACAUGAAUUGUUAUUACAUGCAAAAUUCAAUAUACCAUUUAAGGAAAGUUCAAUCUAUCAACUUUUGUAGUAUUUCUGUGAUCUUUUAUGUAUUGACUCAUCAGAAAUUAGUUGAUAAUAGUGAUAUUACAUGAUUGCCAUCUUAGAAAGAUAUUAUUUGUUAAAUUGUUAUUCUAUGAGAAAUUCAAUAUUUUACAUAUAUUUCUCCAAUGUAGCUGAAUUUUAAUGGAAUCUAUAAGAUUUUAUUAUUAAUUCUUUGUUGAUAAUGGUGAUAUUAAAUGUAUUGCCAUAUUUCAAAGAUACUUGUUGUAUUGUUAUUUUAUUGAAAAUUUUAUAUUUUACAUCUAUCUGCUCAAUGUAUGUUGCUUACUUUUGUUGAAUGUAUAAGACUAUUAUAUUCCAUGAAAUACAUAUUAUUUUGCUUUAGUAAAGACAUCGAUUAAUCAUUGAAAUAUACGUUAAUUUUUCCAACUUA